AUCCGGCCGAGGCGCCCCAACCCGGUCGGGCCGGGACCUCGGCCCACUAAGGCCCCCCGCCUUCCAGGCCGGCUUGGCACGAUGUAACCUGGGGUUGAUGCUACGAAGGAGCGAGUCACGGGGAGCGCUUAUCCUGCGCCUCUCAAGUCUCGUUUAGCUCUCAAUGUAAGACUGAACUGCUGUUUUACAUUCUCAGAGGAAGAGCGGUUUCAUCAAACACAUGAGGCGAAGUGAGUGAGCACCAUGUCCGACUCAGCGCAGCGCCGUGUUCAAGCGAUCGGCGAUCAGCUUGCCGGCGAGACCAGUAUUCCACCCAUCUUCAAGGUCGCCCCGAGCGGCCCGCGAGUUGCCGGCAAAGUGGUCAUUAUCACCGGCACGAACUCCAUCCUCGGCAUCGGCCGCGCCUCGGCGCAUCAGUUCGCAGAACACGGCGCCAAGGCCGUGUACAUCUGCGACUACGAUGACACCAACCUCGAGGCGCACAAGCGCGAGAUCAACGCCCUGUUUCCCCAGGUAGACGUCCACACGCGGCAGUUUGAUGCGGCCGACGAGAAGGCCGUGAAGGAAGUCAUCGACGACGCGAUGAAGCGAUAUGGCCGCCUCGACGUCUUCUUCGCCAACGCCGGCACAAUCGGCCCACACGCCUUGUUUACGGAGAUUGACGCCGACGACUUCAUGGAGACCAUGCGGGUGAACUCACUUGGGGUUUUUCUCGCCGCCAAGCACGCCGCCCCAGCAAUGCAAGUCACCUCGGCCACCAAACCCACCCCCUCAGGGAGCAUCAUCGCAACGGCGUCGGUGGCCGGCCUGCGCUCCAACGCGGGGAGCACGCCCUACUCGGCGUCCAAGGCGGCCGUGGUCUCGAUGGCGCAGACGGUGGCCUUCCAGCUGGCGGGGACGGGGGUGCGAAUCAACGCGCUGUGCCCGGGCCUGAUCGAGACGGGCAUGACGGCGCCCGUCUUCGAGAUGGCGCGGGCCCGCGGUACUCAGGGCCGCAUCGGCCAGCUCAACCCGCUCAAGCGGGCGGGCCACGCCGACGAGAUCGCGCGCGUCGCGCUGUUCCUCGGCAGCGACGAGAGCAGCUAUGUCAACGGGCAGGCCUGGGCGGUGGAUGGUGGGCUGAGCGCGGGCCAUCCGUACGUGCCGGGGCGGUUGGGUUGAUCCGGUGGCUUUUUGGACUCUUGGGGGCGUGUCUUGACUCAUUGAGUGCUUGAGGCUUGCUCAUGAAGACGCUGUUCGCAUCAUAAUAGAUAUUUAAGGACACAUUUUAGGCUGCGUGCAGUCUGGUAGUCAUGGACUGUAAUUCGCAAUCUCUCUUCAUCUC